AUGCAUACGCGGUCGCAGCCAUAUAAUUAUCACAACACUUCUCUCAAUGAUCCUUACGGAGCUAUCGACGACUUCGACUUUCCAACGCCCGUACAUGGCUCCUUGAUUGACCAAGGUUUGAACUUUGACUACCAGAACUUCCUUUCUCCCCGAGGCCCUGGACCAUCAUUCUCAACUGUUGGCGCACAACAGCAAUCAUCUUUGAGACAGACCAACUUUCUUGACAACCAGGGUCAAGGACUGAGCUUGCCAAACACUGCAUACAGCCAGCAGCAGAUUUUGCCCUUUACGAUCAACGACAGAGAUCAACGACAACCCCUUGGCUCCUCUACCAACAGCAUGGGAGGUGGCAUCGGUCCGACUAUCCAAAACGUUUUCUAUUCAGACCUACAGCAGAACAUCAUGGCAGCUUCGUACCAUCCUGUCCCUGUUCAAUCGCAGAAUCGUCGUCAGACUCGGUCUAGCAGACAGUCUCGACGUGCAGCUGCAUCAGCAUCAGAUACGAUUCAAGUUGGUAGAAGCUCCUCUGCUGAGAAGGACGAUGAGGUCCUCGAAUGCCCUCGCGCGAGCCGUCAGGAACUAAGGAAGUUGCCACUUCCUGAUCUGAACGACAAGUUGCUCCUGAAGAUUGCGGCCAUUGGACUGCGUAGACGUCUUUACCAGACAAGCGGUUACAAUAAUUACCGUGGCAAACAAGGAAACGCAACCGCUGCACAACCAAGCCCGUGGGCAGAAUACUUGGAGAGCGCUUUCAUUGAAGCUCUUGUGUUUCACGAGCCAUCGGCGAGAGCGAAGCAGACCUUGAACGGUGGCCAACAUGGUCGCAACGAAUUGGUUGCCCGAUAUAUCUUCUCCGUCACUGGUGAAUGGCGGUCCCGCAAGAUGGUAUCGAGCCACUUGCAAGUCUUGAAAUGCUGGGUCGAUGGCAUCAAAAAGGGAUCCCAGAAGGACUCGCUCGCUUUGAGCUGCAUCAUUAAAGACACUUCGGGACAGCGGGAAUGGAGAGAGGUCAUUCAAGAGUUACUCAUGGUUGUGGGCUAUUACUCAGGUCAGCAGGAGCAUCUGCGCAACCAAAUCCUCAACCCGCCAUCUAAGAACCCUUUGCCCAACCGCGGACCUGAGAUCACCCCCAUGAUUGGAGUGAUGGCACCCGAGGCAUUCCAAUUGACUAUGACCGCCGGUGAUUCGCAUAUUCCUCAAACAUUACACACAUUCACCGAAACCGUAACCCACCCUCAGCAACAGUACACAGGCACCAAAGACUGGUAUACGCUCACUGAGCAAUUUCGAGAGCUCGGAGUCCUGCAGGAGCAGCGUUCGUUGAACUGUGAUGUUGUGAUGGUUCAUGCUUCCAUCGGACGCCCACAGUUUGAUUGGAGGACGUUCGCAUCGCCUCGCUUGUUUGCUUCCGGUGGUCUCCGCUGUGUCAGCAACCAUCUCAAGGCUGGCACAGAGCUUGCUGCCUUGACGACCAUCUACCACGCCCAUUCACCCAUCGCGUUUUUCGAAACAAAGUGCACCAUGCAAACUUCGGACCAAGGCAAGGUCACUGCUGAAAUUCCGAUAUGUGCUCCGACCUACUGGCCAGAUUUCCUUUCCUCGCAACCUGCUGUGGUCGGCAAGGAGGCCAAGACGUCUCACUAUGACAAUGACGGAUUUUCUGAUCUCACCGGUGGUACUGGCAACUACACCAUGACCCAGGAGAUCGAUACCGUGACGAACGGGGAGCGCACCCGAGUCAUGGUAGUGCACUACAAAUUCGGUUCCUUCAAGCCCAUGGACAAGGCAAAGGACGGCGAGAAAAUCUACAAGUUCGAAGGCGAGACCCGUUGGCGCCAGGUCUACAUCUCCGACCCGGAUGAAUGCGACAACGGCAAAUCUCUCGCCAACCCCACCCUCGAGACCCCGAGACAGCCAGGUGACACUUGGGUCAACAACUACGCCGGCUAUGAUAUGCAGACUCCUGUCUCGGCCGUUUCUUCCGAGACCUGGACGACGCCUUCUUCAGCCAGCGACGUGAAGAAAGAUCCGUAUUUUUCCACACCCAGCAGCAGCGCCAGCGCCACGGAAUUAUGUAUCGAUCCUCGAUUGUCGGACCAGUCCAUCACCACCUUCGUCGACUCCGUCCCCAGCGAUGUGUUCAAUACCAACUUCGACACCCCAACGAUCCACAUGGCCGGUUUUGCCCAGCAGCAUUCGAGCAUGAUCACGCCCACGAUGACGGAGCACGAGCAGUUCUCUUACCCCAUGCUCGAUGUGAACGGCCUCAUCACAUACCAGUAUAACCCCAUGGGAGCUCCAUUCCAACAACAGCAGGAUAUCAUACACUCGUCUCCGAGCCGUGUGCAGCACUCGCCAGCUCACUUCACGGGAAGUUUCGGUCAGUGA